GCUGUUCACAAUUCACACCCUAAACCCUGCGUAGCACACUCUCUUGUCUUCUGUUCAUUCUGUCUUCCCCUUCGCUAAACCUCCGUCCAUCAUCACUCCUCCGCCGUAAAACCCUAGCCCUAGCCAUGUCAGUCCUCUCCCGCCUCCGCCACUUCUCCACUUCCAUCCUCUCUUCCAACUCCUCCACGCCCCUCACCUCCAAGCAGAAGACUCGCUCCGCCCUCCGCCUCCUCAAAUCCGAGACCAAUCCGGAGCGCAUCCUCGAUAUCUGCCGCGCUGCCUCCCUCACCCCGGAAUCCCACCUAGAUCGUCGCGCCUUCUCCCUGGCCAUCUCCAAGCUUGCCGCCGCUAACCACUUUGAUGGCAUCCGCCUCUUCCUCGAUGAUCUCAAAUCCCGCCCCGACCUCCGCAACGAAAAGUUCCUCUCCCACGCCAUCGUUCUCUACGGCCAGGCCAACAUGCUGGACCACGCCAUCCGUACCUUCACUGACGAUAUCUCUCCUCGUUCCGUCAAAUCCCUCAAUUCCCUCCUCUUCGCCUCCCUGCUGGCCAAGAACUACAAAGAGGUAUCUCGAAUCUACCUCGAUUUCCCUAAAACCUAUUCAAUUCAACCUGACAUAGACACUUAUAACACCGUUAUCAAAGCCUUCGCUGAAUCCGGUUCUUCCACCUCUAUUUACUCCGUUUUGGCUGAGAUGGAUAGGAAUUCCGUUAAACCUAAUGUCAUCACUUUGAAUAACGCGCUUUUUGGUUUCUACCGCGAGGAGAAGUUUGAGGAGGUGGGGAAGGUAUUGAAACUGAUGGAGGAGAAGUAUCGUGUUUUUCCUGCUCUCAGUACUUAUAAUGUUAGGAUUCAGAGUUUGUGUAAGCUGAAGAGAUCUUCUGAGGCCAAGGCUUUGCUUGAGGGAAUGGUUUGCAAUAGGAGGAAGCCGAACUCGGUUACCUAUGCUUGUUUGAUCCAUGGUUUUUGCAGAGAGGGGGAUCUUGAGGAGGCCAAGAGGUUGUUUAGGGACAUGAAGAUGAGAGGGUACUCCCCUGAUGGUGAGUGUUAUUUUACGCUUGUGCAUUUUCUGUGUCGCGCUGGGGAGCUUGAGGCGGCGUUGGAGGUUGCUAAGGAGUGUAUGGGGAAAGGCUGGGUACCGAAUUUUACCACAAUGAAGAAUCUUGUAAAUGGGCUUGCUGGUGCGUCGAAGGUCGACGAGGCGAAAGAGGUUAUUAAGCAGAUCAAGGAGAAGUUUGCUGAGAAUGGGGACAAGUGGGAUGAGAUUGAAUCUGGGUUGUCACAGUGAGGAAGAUUGUGGUCUCCUUGUGUUGUAUAAUCUUUGAUCAACUGGAAGGGAGCACUGAAAAUUGAAUUAUCUAUGGAACAUCAGAGCUUAGGAAAGGUUUUUUCGCCAUUUCCUCUGGCCAUUGGCCUUUUGGUUGCUCAAAUGAACUCAUUGGGGACUGGUAAUCUGCCAAAUUAAUUUAACAUUUUUGCUGUUGUUGAGCAUGCUUAGUUUUCCUGGAGAAAUAAUAGAAUUGGAAUUGCUUCUUA